GGCAGAACAGGACCCCCUCGAGCACACAUGGGCCAGACAAAUCACCCGAGCCCACCAAACAGAGCGGAGAACAUAAGCAGAAAUCACCCAAGCUCACCCACGCGAGGGAAGAACCUCCGCAGAAAUCGCCCGAGUCCAACCUCCAGGUCAUGUCUGUAGAAACCUCCAGCUCCAAAGACCCCCAUCUACAAUGAGCUGGCCCGAUGCGAGGAAGUAUGGCUUCAGUUGGAGGCUCGGGCUAAGGAAGCAGAGACAUUGGCUGAGCAAGCAGAGGCUCAGGCACAAGAAGCAGAGGUCAUGGGACGAGCAGGAAAGACCAUGCUCGAACAGGCGGAAACUCGUAACAGACAGGUACAAGCUGAGUCCGCACAGCUGAAAUCCUUGAUUCAGACGGAGAAGAUGGAGAAAGAAGCCAAGCAGAAGGCCAAUACUGUGCUCGAGCAAAAGAAAAAAGCACUCGAGCAUCAAGUCAGACAACUGAAGAAGACCAACACUGAUCUGCAGCACCAGCUGGUCGAUAAAGAGAACGAACGGUCUGAAGCUGUUGACUUGUUCAACGAAUCAGCUGUCGGAGUGUUACAAUCCUGGACGCCUACCAUGGACGUUACAAAUCUAAACCGAGGGGAUAAUUCUGGUUCCAACCCCGAAGACAUCGCCGCAACGGUUCGUCCUCUGAUCGAACCAUUUGUUGUUCAACUCAAGCUGCACCCAGCAGACGAUUCUGAUGAAUCACAAAUGUUAACUUCCCGAUCAGAGUGUGCUGUAAACAUGUAUUAACGUUCGUAUGACUGCUGUAAACAUUUAAAUCAUGAACGUUACAUGAAAUUUGCGAGACAACGAUCAGGUCUUUUUUCA